AUGGGUAACAGCAAGGAAGCCUUAUGUCAGCACUCAAAACCGCCAGGUGCCGUCGACGAAGAUAGUGUCGAGACAAACACAGCGAAGGCCGUUCGCCGCGAACAAACACCCUUCACUUUCUCCGCCAUUACCAAGGAAGAUACUAGGGUUACACUCAAGAAGGUACCUUUAGAUAAAGCACUAGAAAACAACAUGCUACCGAAAGUUAAGGGUAGAAAGGCCGCCGCUUUUGGUGUCAAAAGUGGUCCUCAGAUUCCGGGUGUUUUUCUUGUACUGCACGGCAGCUAA